CAAGAAGAGAGAGGGCGCGGCGCGCGCGUCAAUUGGUCGUAACUUUGGCUCUCUUUUGGUGUUGGUCUUUGAAACCACGGCGACGCCCAUCACCCACACCGCCGGAGCAAUCCCUUUCGAAAAGAGAAGAAAAGACAACCACAACGUGAGAAAAGACAGGUGGUAGCUCUACACACGGAUGGACAGAUGAAGAGGCAAGCUUCGGCGGUCCCAUUGAGGGAAUGCGAUGACGAGCGUCCGCAACCGCCGGCGUCGCGGCGCUCCGGUCCCUCUUGGUCGAUCGAGAAAGAGUUGCGCUUGGGGACGGAGCGGACGACGAGAAGCCAGGGCAGGAAGCCGCACGAGGAGCCGGAUAGGGGCACGAAGCGUGACGCGCCGAGCUGCUCGACAAACGUGACGAGCAGCGAGCAGAAGCCGGCGUCGAAAGAGAGACCGCGACCUACGCCGCUCGCUUCUAUCAAGAAGGAGAAACUCCGGAGAGCAGAGGAGGAGGAGGAGGAGCGCAAGAAGAAGCAGAAAGCGCCGCCCGGCCCCAAAGUCAUGGGCGAAAAAGGGCAGGGCGAUAACGAUGCGAGAGAGUCUGAAAAGAAGGUCGAGGAUGAAGACAGGAUCAUUUAUCUCGAGCCAUCGAGCCUCAGGAGAGUGACGGAAGAAGAGCUCAAGAAGGAAAAAGAGGCCCUCGAGCAGUUCAAAAGGGACAAGGUCGAGCUCCUCCGAGUCAAAAAGGAGAUUGCCAACCGCGCUGCCGGUGCCAGUGGCACGACGAGCUCACAAGGGCUUUUUCCGACCAAGGCAAGAGGCCUCGCCGAGUGUCCCUUUUGCUUCAAAGCGCUGCCCAGGAAACCCUCAAAAGAGCUGAUCAACAAGCUGCAGUACUGGAUUGACCAGAGAAACAGGGCAGGCAAGGAUCUGUCCGCGACAGACACGAUCGAAGAUGUCUGUUUGCGACACAUCGGCGAGUCCGAAAUCCUCCCCGAGGGACACAAGCGGGGAUGGCCGAGGGAGCUUGACGAGCGCAAGCUCAGAAAGAGGCUCGAAGGCCACCUGUCGAUAAUGCAACGCAGGAUCGAGGAGCCUGAGUCGAGCGAGUGGUUCAUCCGGGCGAGGGAGGAAAGGAAGAGGCUAGGCCGUGCGGCCGACGAUAUUGGCAAUCAGAUGCGCGAUCUCGAGGACUCGCAGGCUGGCUAUUAUGGCGAAGUGGGCUACGAGGUGAUGCGCGGAUUUCUUCUGAAACGAUUUGCCAGCCGAGAUGACUCGCCGCACUGGCUGGGCAGCCCGGAAGUCGCAGCAAAGCGGCGGCCGCUCGACUCGUCGUCAAAGUUCAUUGACAAAGUCCUUCUACCAGAGCUCAUCUGUCUCGUCAUACGCGAGGACCACGGAGGCGACAUGGCGAUGCAGGAGGCCGAACAAAUUCGAAGAGAGAGCAUCCGCUAUGGUCACCUUGUCUUUCCUUCGAGGCCCGUCGAAGGGAAGAGCAUCGACGAUCAUGACAGCGACGACGAAGUAAGGUCCUGCACGCCGCCAAGCUCGCAGAAGAAGCGCAGCAUCAAGCCUCCCAGGCCACACAAGGUCGUAAGCCAAAAGCAAUCGCACAACAUACGGCCCAUACCUCUGUCGCAGAAAAGGAGAGAGGUGGAGGACGAGGAGGCGCCCUUGCUCGCAUCGUCAUCGCAAUCGAUGCCCACUGCUUCAUCAUCAUCGUUAUCGUUGUCGUCGUCGUCGUCAUCCUCGACCUUGGCUCCAUUCAGCAGUUGGGACCCAUUGUCAAGCACGCCUCAAGCAAUCUCUUCCUCUUCGCAAGAACCAACGCCUUCGCUACAGGCAGUAUUGGAAUUUGACGCAAGCCCUAGGAAGCGACAGAGGCUCGAGUCCCUACCGCUGAGCCAGGACUCUUCCAUAGCAAUCCUGUCAUCCAGGAAGCAAGUCGGUGACGCCACCAUGAACAUCGCCGAGGCAUCUACAACCGUGUGUCUUGUCUCUGACGAUGACGACGAUGAAGCCAAGGGAGAGCCAGCCCAGCAAAGGCCAGCGAAGACGACCCUCUGUUCGCGGACGUCGAGCGUCAGGUGCAAGCGAGAACCUCAGAGGACGAUCCUGUCGCACACCUUAUCUCAGCCAAGCCCAAGCGUUGUCAAGCACGACCAGUUCCGCGUCACUGGCUCAGCAGGCACGCUGUAGUGGCACUGAGACGUUGCAUACAAGUAUCCCUUCCUACCGUGGCCCAUAUAUCUCAGAAGAAGAUCGUAUAAAGAUCCCAGCUUACAUUGUAAUUUGUAAUCGACAUCAACCAGGACGCUUGUCCCAUACACAAUCACAUACCGUCAGUAUCUCUGCGUCGUCUUUACUUCUCAAAGACCCAGAAAAGGCGCACAAGGACACUGCCUCGAGCAAUGAGUGAGAAUGAGGAUGAGAGGGGUUUGCUGGUCCUU